AAAACCGCCAUUAUGUAUAAUGGACGUAUAUUCCGAGUCUACACAAUUACAUAUAUACACAAUAUCUAUAAUAGUAUAAUAAUGCUUUAAAGAAAAGCAUACAAAUGAAAACUUGGAACCACUUACUCGUCUUCCUAAUAUUCCAAAAGACAGAUCAAUCACAGCUAUUGAUUUUAUAUUAUACAUGUGCCAAUAAACAUACCAAUUUUAUAUAUAGACUGGUCGAUGUAGUUUAUUAAUUACCUAUAUAUAUAUACGUCCAGACUUGUCUUUGUUUAAAAUAUAUUGGAAGACAUGGUGAUGGUCACCUUCCUCACCACAUACCCCUUCUUCAUUCUACCAUUGUUUUGUCUAACCCUAAUUCUAUAUCUAUCGUAUGUGAUUGUUGAACAAUACCAGCAAGGUGGUAGAGGGUUUGAAGGACCUCCAACUUACCCCAUCAUAGGUUGCUUGAUUCCAUUUUACAAGAACCGCUAUCGUCUACUAGAUUGGUACACUCAUCUUCUCUCUCACUCACAAACAAAAACAAUCGUGAUAGACAGAUUAGGUGCGCGGAGGACCAUAGUAACAGCUAAUCCACACAAUGUAGAGUACAUGCUCAAAACAAACUUUGACAAUUUUCCUAAAGGCAAGCCGUUCAACGAAAUUCUUGGUGAUUUUCUUGGAAAUGGUAUAUUCAACGUGGAUGGAGAAAUGUGGUACAAACAGCGCAAGAUGGUUAGCCAUGAGUUCACCGCAAGGUGUUUGAGGGAGUGUGUUAUGAAUGCGCUCAAAGAAGAGGUGGAGAACAAGCUGUUGCCUAUGUUAGACUUAAUGGAGGCUGAAAAUAGAGCUUUUGACUUGCAAGACUUGUUAAGAAGACUUGGAUUUGACGUGGUUUGCAAAGUUUCCUUGGGGUUUGAUCCAUGUUGCCUCAAUGACGAUUCUCUUCCAUUUUCGCCUCUGCUAGAUGCCUUUGAAAGGGCUUCACAAAUAUGUGCUGGUAGAGGAGCUGCUCCUGUAUCUGCCAUAUGGAAGGUGAAAAGAUUGUUAAACAUUGGAUCUGAAAGACAGCUUAGACUAGCCAUCGAUCAAAUCCAUUCAUCCGUGGGUACUAUGAUCCGCGAGAGAAAGAUUAAGAUGAGAGGAGAAAAGCAGCAAGAGAUUAAGAUCAGUGAAGUGGAUCUUCUUUCAAAACUGCUAUUGGCUGCAAAUUUUGAUGAGGAGGAAGUGAGGGACAUGGUGAUAAGUUUCAUUAUAGCAGGGAGAGACACAACCUCUGCGGCAAUGACUUGGUUGUUUUAUCUCCUUACUCUCCAUCCUGAGAUAGAGAAUGAAUUGGUUUCCAAGGAGCUAAGGUUUAUAGAAGCGGAAACACUAACAAAGCAUGAGAUAUUGAGAGAGAUGAAAUUCUUGAAAGCUUGCCUCUGUGAGACAAUGAGACUCUAUCCACCAGUUGCAUGGGAUUCAAAGCAUGCAAUUGUUGAUGAUAUUUUGCCAGAUGGUACUCGUAUCAAAGCUGGAAAUAGAGUGACCUACUUCCCCUAUGGUAUGGGGAGGAUGGAGAACUUGUGGGGAAAGGACAGGUUAGAGUUUAAACCAGAGAGAUGGAUGCACAAUACAGAAGAAGAUGAAGGGGCAUCAAAUUUGUACAAGUUUCCAGUCUUCCAAGCAGGUCCAAGAGUUUGCCUUGGCAAAGAAUUGGCCUUUAUUCAAAUGAAGUAUGUUGUAUCUUCAAUAUUGAAGCGCUUCCAUAUCACACCAGCUUCUUCCGAUCCUCCUCUGUUUUUGCCACUCCUAACCGCUCAUAUGGCGGGUGGGUUUAAUAUUUUUGUCCAUAAAACUAAAAACAUUUAAUUACAUGAUCUACCCUUCCAACACCUCCAAACAAUUAUUCACAUGGAGUAAUUCAACUUUGUUUAGCCAAGACAAAAAUUUACCAUCCUCAUUCUUUUUUUUUUUUAAAUUACCCCUGUACACUUGGGCUGGAACAAAGAAUUAACUAGAGGAGAAAGAUAUUGAAAUCCUUCA